AUGGCGCCCAGCAGUCUCCUCCGCGCGACUCUCCCCUUGCGGUCUACGUCCUCGCUCUCCUUCCUCUGCUCAGCUACGUCGAAUUCCAGAUUUGCUGUAUACAACGGCAGCAGGAUUCUGUCUGGUUCUAGCAGACGGGCUGCUUCUACAACAACGUCAGAUGAACAGCCGCAGCAGCAAGAGCAACCACAACAGCAGCAAGUAGAGUCGUCGCCAUCAGCAUCAGCGUCGUCAUCUACGCCUUCUACGACAGACUCCUCCGCUACUACUACUACUUCCUCUUCUUCCUCCUCUUCCUCUUCCUCCUCAUCAAUCCCUACACCCUCCCUCCGCCAGUACCCAUACACCGUGAAAGUCGGCACCGUGACCUCCGUCGGACUGAUGGACAAGACCGUGCGCGUCGCCCACCGCCACAUGACCUGGGACAAGCACAUCCGGAAGUAUUACCCGAAGGUGACCACAUACCUGGUGCACGAUCCGCGCAACUCGCUGCGCGAGGGCGACGUGAUUGAAUUUUCGUCGGGUUUCCCCAAGAGCAGACAUGUGCGCCACGUCGUCGAGCGGAUCAUCUCCCCCUUCGGCGUGGGUAUUGACCAGCGGCCGCCGGUGAUGACGCGCGAGGAGAGAGAGGCCGAGCGGGCAGCGAAGCGGGCGGCCAAGCUGCAGAGGAGGGAGCAGAGAUGGAUAGAGUCGGGACAGAAGGGGCCGUCGCCGGUCAAGGAGCAUGUUGGCCGGAUUCGAAGCUUGGUGAUGGCAAGAGUUGCGGAGAAGCAGAAGCAGCAGCAGCAGGAGGCACAGUCUCAGGCUUGA